AUGCAUGUAAAUCCCUCCUGUGCUAUACUCUUAAAAAGGUCAAUUUCACCACUUAAAGGGACAGUUAUGAAGUUUUAUGAAAUGGAUAGUGAACUGAACUCUCAUAGUAAUCAUAAGCCAACAGGUGACGCAUUAAAAAAUAGUUCUUUCGAAGGUGAUGUUAAGUUUAACGGUUCUAUACAAAAAGAAAAAUGUUCUUAUGGUAUUAUUGGUAAAGUACUUAUUUGUUCAUUUAUCUUAUCAGUAACAUCUCGAAGGGAAUCCCCAUCAGUACUACAGAAAGAGAGAAUAUAUCGAAAACAACCAAUCCUAAAAAAUUAUUGA